GGCGGGCGCCGGGGCCGCUGGGCUCCCGCAGCAAGCAGAGGGGUCAGCGCGGAACCGGAGCCGCCUGCGUCCUGUCCCGAGGCCAAAGCUAGCACGCCGGCAUGGCCCCCCCAGAGGCGUCGGAUGGCAGCACCCUGUCCAUCUACAUCGAAAUGUUGUCCUCCUUCCCCUACCUGCUCUUCAUCUUCGAGUUUGUCUUUGGGGGCCUGGUGUGGAUCCUCAUCGCCUCGUCGCUGGUGCCCUUCCCUCUGACCCAGGGCUGGGUGAUGUUCGUGUCUGUGUUCUGCUUCAUCAGCACCGCUGUCCUGUUCUUGUCGUACACGAUUGGUGGCCACUAUGAGGAGACUUCCUGGGUCGCCCUGGAGGCAGCCUACCACUGUAUCGCCACUGUUUUUUACCUCAGUGCUGCUGUCCUGGAAGGUUUGGCUGCCAUCUCCAUGCACAGUGGCUUCAUGCAGGAACAUUACCUUGAAAACGCCUUUGCUACGGUGUUUUCAUCUAUAGGCACUCUGCUCUACAUGAACCAUGCAUGGUUUUCUGUAAUCAGAUGGAAGUGGUUUUCAUUAAGGAAGGAAAAAAAUUUGGCUGAAAAACAAGACAGUAUAAACUGAUCAGCUCGCCUUCCAGCAUAACUUUUUAGAAUGCAGAAAUGCUCUCCAUGGUGGAAAAAAGAAACCAAAAGAAGAGCAAUGCUCUGUUUCCUGUGGGUGUUAUGUUGACUCUCCCGUGUCCCCUCCUGUCAGGGUUGGGAACUUGCUGUGUUUAACCUCCAACUACUGAGCCGUCUUUCAGGGUCAUUUCCUGUUUGUGAAAGACGGAAGCAGGUUAUGAAGUAGGGACUGUGACGUGAGAGACCACGAAACAAAGAUCUCCUGCUGACCCCUGGACUGGAUCUUGAGAACUCUCUAUUGGAAUUUUCCACAGGCUCUUUUGAGCACCCAUCUCAUGGCGUGUUUCUAAGUCUUGAUGGAUGUUCUACGUGUCAUAAGGAUAAAACUCAGCCAACAAGUAUUUGCAGAUGUCCACGGUG